UAAAUCCGCAGAUCCGUUCAUUAGGUUACUCCUUUCUGCCCGUGGAUGCUGAUGAGUGGUGCCCACUUAACUGUGAAAAAGACUUUUGCUGGGGCAUUAAAGAAGACACUGAAGAACAUCACCUAAGAGAUUAUUUUGAACAGUAUGGGAAAAUUGAAGUGAUUGAAAUCAUGACUGACAGAGGCAGUGGCAAGAAGAGAGGAUUUGCUUCUGUGACUUUUGACGAUCAUGACUCCGUAGACAAGAUUGUCAUUCAGAAAUACCAUACUGUGAACGGCCAUAUCUAUGAAGUUAGGAAAGCCCUAUCUAAGCAAGAGAUGGCUAGUGCUUCGUCCAGCCAAAGAGAUCGAAGUGGUUCCGGAAAUUUUGGUGGUGGUCUUAGAGGUGGUUUUGGUGAGAAUGACAACUUCGGUCACGGAGGAAACUUCAGUGGUCAAGGUGACUUUGGUGGCAGCCAUGGUGGUGGUGGAUAUGGUGGCAGUGCGGAUGGCUAUAAUGGAUUUAGUAAUGAUGGAAGCAAUUUUGGAGGUGGCGGAAGCUACAAUGAUUUUGGCAAUUACAACAAUCAAUCUUCAGAUUUUGGACCCAUGAAAAGAGGAAAUUUCAGAGACGGAAGCUCUGGCCCCUAUGAUGGUGGAGGCCAAUACUUUGACAAACCACCUUGAUUUCGUGGUUUCAAAGAACAGUUUCACAGUUAAGUGGGCACCAGGUCUUUGAGAAUCUUCUCUUGAGACGGCCCUCUUUGGUUCCACAACUCUUCCAUCCGCCUUGUGUGGCCUUGCAUUCAUAGCUGCAUCCACCUCCUCCACAGUGGCGUACAUGACAAAGCCAAAGCCUCUAGAGCUCUUGGUGUUUGGAUCUCUCAUUACCACACAGUCUGUGAGCAUUCCCCAUUGCUCAAAAUGGCUCCUGAGACUCUCAUUGGUUGUUUCAAAGCUCAAACGUCCGAUGAAGAGCUUUCACAACUGUUUGGGCUCUUUGGGAGACUCUGACUUAGACAUGACUGCAGUGGGAGGGGAGACUAACGAUGCUUACUCGUCGGCAUCCACUGGCAGAAAGGAGUAACCUAACGAACGGAUCUGUGGAUUUAUCUUUUAAAUGAAUGCUUGGAAGAGAAAAAAUGAUGUUGACUGGGUCAAGUGCACAUUCAUUUAUAAAUUGUGUGUCAGCUGAUGAGUAGAUAAACAAAAUAUAGUAGAUCCA